AUCCGCGUCAAAAGAAUUCGAUAAUCCGCAAGGAAUUCGAGGACAUUUUUGCUGUGAGCAAGGUAAAUGAUCGUGAGCAGAAACGGAAAUGUUCUCUUGACAACCCGUUUGUUCAUCUUAUUUAUGAGGAUACGGCAGAAACUCCUCUUGAAAGUCAAUCAGAAGGGUGGUGGACUGAAAGACUGAUUAAUUAUCAUAUUCGCUAUCAGUCACCGCUUGCUAAUCAUACGUGGUAUGGAUUAAUCGAGACCGCUGAUAAGAUAUGGCUAGGGAGAUUAUCCAAUGAACCCAGCAACUUCGCGGUCAUGUUAAAAUGUAUGUUCGUUUUUCAGCAGUUGCGAGAAGAAUGGUGCAUUGAUAAGUUUGAUUGGGAGAUUUUACACCCUAAUGAUUUACCCGUCGGUAAUGAUUACUAUGGAUAUCUUAAAGCGAUUCCAAUUGGAAAGCGGCUUUCGUCAUUCUUUUCUUGGCUCCAUUCUAAUCAUUAUAAUUGCACCUUGUAUCUCUUGUGGAAUUCAAAGUGUUGUUGGUUUUCGCGGUCAUUCCUGGAUAUUGCAAUUUUUGCAUACCUCGGGCUUAUCUCGUUAAUUAUUUUGACGCAUUUAUUACAGCGCCAUCCCGGAUUAUCGAAGACCAUACGAAAGGAGAACUAUAAUGCUGCAAUCAAAAAUUCUCUUGAACAAGUUCAUCAACUCGAAUUCUUGAUUUAUCCUUCGGCUGAUACGGCUCUUAUUAAUUAUUGGCAUGGACGAACUCACUUUUGCGACGAGGAAAGCAUUGAUCCAAUCACUUUUGUUGUUGACAGUGAAGGAGACGAAGAUUUUCUGUUUCCAAGGAUACCUCAGAGCCGACCACAGACACUCAAGCCUGGUUUCGCAGAGCUAUCGAGAAACGACAAAAGUCUUGCGAACAAGUUCAUGACCAACCAAGCUCUAGAAUAG